AUGAUCUUUAAUCUUAGAAGGCCAAAGGUUGUCUUUGUUCUUGCACUUUUUGUAGCUGUAUCAACAACAUACUUUUGUUUGAAGUCUUUGAACUCAGGAACGCCAAUAUUGUCUCCCUUAUCAUCCACUAAGUCAUAUUUUGACUACCAAGCACCAAAAGAGCAAUUUCGCCUCGAAUUAGAAGAUCAUCCUGAUUACAAGACCACAGGGCUAAAUUUCAAACCAAAAUAUCCAAGUUCCUUACUUUACAAUACAACGGUACUUGAGCAAUUGAACUAUUUGUUUCCCUAUGAUGCAUCACAGCCUCUCCCAAAACAAAUUUGGCAAAUGUGGAAAGUUGGACUUGAUCAUGAAGAGUUCCCCGAUGAUUUCAAAAAAUUUCAUCAAACAUGGGUUGAUAACAGCCCAGAAUAUGAUCAUUUAUUGAAAACUAAUGCGGAAUGUGAUGAACUUGUGGGUGAACUAUAUGGUAAUGUUCCAGAUAUUAUCCACGCAUACAAUGCUAUGCCGUACACCAUUCUCAAGUGCGAUUUCUCCCGAUAUUUACUCUUAUUCGCUUAUGGAGGGAUAUAUACUGACAUCGACACCAUUCUAUUAAAACCAAUCAGUGAAUGGAUAUCAAGCGAGUCUCAGUAUUUGAACAAGCUGCUAGAUAUAGGGCUUAUUGUUGGUUUGGAAUCUGAUAGGGCAUACAAUUGGCAAAGAUGGGCUGCUCGCAGGGUUCAAAUUAAUUCCUGGACCUUUAUGGUUAAAAGGGGACAUCCAAUGCUUGCUGAACUAAUUAACAAAAUAACCGAAGACACAUUAUGGAGAGAAAGUACUGGGCAAUUAAAUGCCACAUUGGGCAGAGAUCAUGGUGAUAAUGUCAACAAUUGGACUGGUCCAGGGAGAUUUACUGAUUUUGUGUUCAAACACAUGAAUAACCUACUCCAGACUGAUUUUAGAAAAUAUGAUACUUUAGUUAAAUGGCCCUUCCUUGACAAAGUCGAACUUCCAAUAGCUGUAGGCGAUACCAUGAUAUUGCCAAAGAAAUCCAUGAGUCCUAUUUUGCCUAUGAACUCUAUGCGUGCAGCUAAUAAUCCAGACGAUGACCCGUUAGCAUAUAUUAGUCAUAAGUUUUCAGGUGCCUGGAAGAAGGAUCAAGAUAGAAAGAUGAAGGAAGAGAGGAAGAAAGAAGAGCAGAAGAAGAAGGAGGAAGAGCAGAAGAAGAAGGAGGAAGAGGAAAGGAGGAAGGAGGAAGAGAGGAAAAAGGAGGAGGAGGAAGAGAAGAAGAAGGAGGAGGAGAGGAAGAAAAAGGAGGAAGAGGAGAAGAAGAAGGAGGAGGAGAAGAAAAAGGAGGAGGAGAGGAAGAAAAAGGAGGAAGAAGAGAAGAAGGAGGAAGAGAAGAAGAAGGAGGAAGAGAAGAAGAAGGAGGAAGAGAGGAAGAAAGAGGAAGAAGAAAAAAGCAAAAGAUAA